CAUAACGUGAGAAUAUGCUGCAAACUAGGAAGAGAAAAAAAUGCUUGUGGUAAAAAUAAAAAUGCAGUUUAUUCUCACUAAAAUACUGUUCAAACAUCACAUGCAAGAUAAGAUCCAUAAUAGCUCCUCGCCUUUGAGCAAAGGUGUGGGAGAAUGUCUGUGCUGUUUGGUCAUACCUGUAAAUCCUGUGAGCCGGAACUUGUUUGCAAACAACAACGCACCCGCACUCUCUCAUAGGAAUAUCACUCUGCUGAAGAAAGCACUCGGUAAAGAUAUGAGGUUUGGCAAACGACCAGUGUGUGAGCGGAAGUCACUGAGAAAUUGGCCAACCCUUUGUGUGUUGUUGGCAGUGGCGCUCCUUUUGUAUCAUGACCCAUUUCUACUACUCUGGAGGACUGUGGUGGGUGACAGCUCUUUCUUUUAAAACUAAGACCGGGGCUUUACCUCUGGACAUGGCGACGGAUUCCAUUGACGACAUGUACGACGGCUGCCGGCCCGAAACUGCCUCUGUGAUCGACCUGUUUGGCGUGUUUGAGUGGCACUUCAACAGAAACUUCGGCGCUGCCUGGGCUUUGGCUGAAAGCAGAGCAAAGAAACCCGAGCACAAGCAGCUGAAAGAAGAGCACGCCACAGUUAUGUACAUGUACACAAAGUUGAAACCUAUCCGACAAGAUUUCAACAGAGCAGUGAAAACGGGGAAAUACAACUACAGCACGGACGGAUUCAGGUUCCACUAUUUCUACUUCUUCCUGACUGAGGCCAUUCAAGUUCUGCGUCACAACCAGACGUCGUGCAGAACCACCUAUCACAGGACGUGGAAACACUUUGACCACGACGUCAUCAACGCAAACAUGCGUUUUGGUGCUUUCACCUGGGCUUCAAGCAAGCAGUCGUUUGGUUUUAACGGCAACGUGUCUUGUUUUGAGAUCUACUCGUGCUUCGGUGCUGAUAUAACACAUUACUCCGCCAGCAGGCAAGAGGGACAGGUACUGAUUCCUCCCUAUGAGGUCUUCAAAAUCACUGAUGUCCUGACAGACGACCCGUGGUGCAGCGUGGUCUACAAACUACAGAGCACCAAAGUACCAAAGAGGGAUUUAAAUUGUAAAUUGAAUCAAAGUCGAUUCAAAACAUAUUUUGGAGCCGUUUUAACACACUUGCAUUUCAGUGUUGGGUUGAUUUUAGCACAUAUCCUGCUGUUGAUUAUCAUUUCUUUAGUCCUUAUAAAACGCAGGCAGAAGCGUUUUGUGGCUUCGGUGCUGUGUGCUCUGCAGGUGCUGAUGAUUAUUGUGGUGAUAGUGAAAUUUAACAGUUGAUCAGAGAGGAAUGGCGUGUUGAUGGGACACUUUAUCUUGUGGUGUUUGUCAAUGAGAGAAUUUAUUAACUGUGUUUUUUAAAGUUGUGAGGAAAUAAAACUGUCCCCUUUGUUAGCUCGCUAUUCAGAGGCCAUACUGUGCACAAUAAAUGCAAUAAAAACUCAUAA